AUGCCACUCACUAGUGAUGCUGGAAGUUCUCCUAAGAAGCAGAGAAUAGUCAUGACCUUGGAAGGAAAAGUUGAACUGCUUGCCAACAUCUUGUCUAGUGAAAAGAAAAUUUAUUACAAAGGCUGUGCCGUCCAAUUUUUCUUCUUUGCUCUGUCUGUCACCACUGAGGGCUUUCUUCUGGCUGUCAUGGCAUUUGAUCGAUUCUCAGCCAUUUGCUCCCCACUCCUGUAUCCUGUGCAUAUGUCCCCAAAACUCUGUGUUCAGUUGGUAACUGGCUCCUACGUCUGUGGCUGCAUCAAUGCUGUAGUCCAAACAAGUUUCACCUUUAGUUUGCGUUUCUGUGGGGAAAACAGAUUGGACCACUUUUUCUGUGAUGUCCCAGCCCUGAUCAAGAUCUCCUGUGUGGACACCUUUGUGAACGAGGUUGUAUUGUGUAGUCUUUCUGCUCUCAUCAUCAUCACCACCACAACUGUCAUUCUGGUUUCCUAUGCAUAUAUCCUCUCUUCUGUCCUAAAGAUCCCUUCAACCCACGGCAGGAGUAGGACUUUCUCCACCUGUGGCUCUCAUAUAGCAGUGGUGAGCUUAUUCUACGGGACUGUGUUCUUCAUGUAUGCCCAACCUGGAGCCAUCUCCUCUCCAGAAGAGAACAAGGCUGUAGCUGUGCUCUACACCCUUAUAAUCCCAAUGCUAAAUCCUCUAAUAUACAGUCUGAGAAACAGGGAUGUGCAAGAUGCUGUGAAAAGAAUAUUACACAGUAAAUGA